AGCGCACCCGGCAGCUGCUUCAACCAGCGAGAAUGGAGCCAGCCGAGCGUGAAGGUUCCGAGACUGUGACAGGCCAGGGGACAGGAGCAAGUUCUGAGACUGUGACAGGCCAGCAGACAGGAGCAAGGUGCAGCAGGAGUCUGUGUCCAGAGGAAGCUUCCGAGCAGGAGCAGGGAUGCUCCCCGGGGGCACUGAGGCUCCUCCUCCUGGGGAAGAAGGGCGCAGGGAAAAGCGCCACAGGAAACACCAUUCUGGGCAAAGAUGUGUUCACGUCCAGAUUCAGUGCACGGAUGGUGACGGAAGCCUGCCAGAGAGAGAGCGGGGACGUGAUGGGCGAGAAGGUGGUGGUCAUCGACACCCCCGACCUUUUCUCCUCCACAGCUUGUGCCGAAGACAAGCAACGACACGUGAAAUGCUGCCUGGAGCUCUCGGCCCCCAACCUCCACGCCCUGCUUCUGGUGAUCCCCAUCGGCCACUGUGCGGAGGAAGACAGACAGGCCAUUGAGGGCAUCAGGAAGGUGUUUGGAGAGGAAGCCAGGAGACACACCAUUAUCAUCUUCACUAGGAAGGAGGAUCUGGGGAAUGUCUCCAUGCAGGAUUACCUUGACCAAAACAGCUCGGUCCGAGAGUUGGUUGAAAUCCACGGAAGCCGAUACUGCGCUUUCAACAACAAGGUGGGGGAGGCUGAGCGGGCCCUCCAGGUGGCGGAGCUCAUUGACAUGGUCAAGCGUUUGGUGGAGGCGAACGGAGGACCCUAUUGCAGGAACUGCAGAAACAAAGGCGGCAGAUUCCGGGACUGUGCGGAAGAAGGCACGUUGCAGAAGAUGGAUGGUCCAUAUGGCCCAGGGGAGCAGCUGGCGCUGGCCACGGGGUCUGAGAUGAGCCCCAGGCUGACAGAACUAAAGGUCCUGCUCAUUGGGAGGCAUGGUGCCGGGAAAAGUACAGUCGGAAACAGCCUGGUGGGGAGGCAUGUCUUUGAGACCAAGUUCAGCGACCUCCUGGUAACCACAGAGUUUAAGUCCGAGAGCAGAAUGUGGAGGAAGAGGAACAUUACGAUCAUCGAUGGUCCAGACUUGUCCUAUUCAAAGGGCCUGAUAUCAGAUCUUCGGAAAGAAACCCCGGAGGGCCCCCACGCCUUCCUGCUGGUGACCCCACUGGGCUCCUUUGGGGAGAGAGACAAGGAGCUGCUGGCCGCCCUCCAAAGCAGCUUUGCAGGCGAAGUCACUAAGUACAUGACCGUUCUCCUCACCAGGAAAGAAGACCUAGGGGGCCAGGGAGUAGAGACGUUUCUGAACAGCAACGCAGACCUCCGUGAGCUCCUGGUGAAGUGUGGGGGCCGGUUCAGCGUCUUCCACCGCAGGGCCACAGAAGAGGAGGAGCAGAGCCAGGUGGACGAGCUCCUGCAGAGGCUGGUGUGCAUGGCACAGCAGAAUGGAGACCAGCCCUGCCGCUUCGCAGAGGAAGGGGCUCUGACCAUCGUCCUGGUGGGGCGGAGUGGGACCGGGAAGAGUGCCACCGGGAACACCAUCCUCGGGCGGUCUGCCUUCCUCUCUCGGCUCCAAGCCCAGCCAGUCACCAAGACGUGCCAGGAGGCCAGGAGGAUAGUGGCUGAGCAGGACGUCGUGGUGGUGGACACCCCCGGGCUCUGCCUGAUGUCCCGUGAUGCUUCGCAGCUGGAGAUGGUCCGCGGCCAUGUGGCUACCAGUGGAGGGAAUACAGUCCUGGUCCUGGUGCUCCAGCUGGGACGGGUCGUUCACGAGGACGAAAAGGCGGUGAAGAUGCUGGAGUCCUACUUUGGAAAGGAUGUCAGGAAACGCAUGAUUGUGCUUUUCACCCGGAAGGAAGACCUGGGGGCCGAGGACAUCAACUAUUACUGUGCCAACACAGAUGACAGAGCUGUGAAGGGGAUAAUUGGAAAGUGUGGAGCAGAGCGAGUUUGUGCUUUUAAUAACAAUGCAACUGGCCAGGCCAGGGAAGACCAAGUAGCAGUCCUUUUGAAAAUGGCCAGGGAGCUAAUAGGCCCAGGGGAGCAGCUGGCGCUGGCCACGGGGUCUGAGAUGAGCCCCAGGCUGACAGAACUAAAGGUCCUGCUCAUUGGGAGGCAUGGUGCCGGGAAAAGUACAGUCGGAAACAGCCUGGUGGGGAGGCAUGUCUUUGAGACCAAGUUCAGCGACCUCCUGGUAACCACAGAGUUUAAGUCCGAGAGCAGAAUGUGGAGGAAGAGGAACAUUACGAUCAUCGAUGGUCCAGACUUGUCCUAUUCAAAGGGCCUGAUAUCAGAUCUUCGGACACAAACCCCAGAGGGCCCCCACGCCUUCCUGCUGGUGACCCCUCUGGGCUCCUUUGGGGAGAGAGACAAGGAGCUGCUGGCCGCCCUCCAAAGCAGCUUUGCAGGCGAAGUCACUAAGUACAUGACCGUUCUCCUCACCAGGGAAGAAGACCUAGGGGGCCAGGGAGUAGAGACGUUUCUGAACAGCAACACAGACCUCCGUGAGCUCCUGGUGAAGUGUGGGGGCCGGUUCAGCGUCUUCCACCGCAGGGCCACAGAAGAGGAGGAGCAGAGCCAGGUGGACGAGCUCCUGCAGAGGCUGGUGUGCAUGGCACAGCAGAAUGGAGACCAGCCCUGCCGCUUUGCAGAGGAAGGGGCUCUGACCAUCGUCCUGGUGGGGCGGAGUGGGACCGGGAAGAGUGCCACCGGGAACACCAUCCUCGGGCGGUCUGCCUUCCUCUCUCGGCUCCAAGCCCAGCCAGUCACCAAGACGUGCCAGAAGGCCAGGAGGAUAGGGGCUGAGCAGGACGUCGUGGUGGUGGACACCCCCGGGCUCUGCCUGAUGUCCCGUGAUGCUUUGCAGCUGGAGAUGGUCCGCCGCCAUGUGGCUACCAGUGGAGGGAAUACAGUCCUGGUCCUGGUGCUCCAGCUGGGACGGGUCGUUCACGAGGACGAAAAGGCGGUGAAGAUGCUGGAGUACCACUUUGGAAAGGAUGUCAGGAAACGCAUGAUUGUGCUUUUCACCCGGAAGGAAGACCUGGGGGCCGAGGACAUCAACUAUUACUGUGCCAACACAGAUGACAGAGCUGUGAAGGGGAUAAUUGGAAAGUGUGGAGCGGAGCGAGUUUGUGCUUUUAAUAACAAUGCAACUGGCCAGGCCAGGGAAGACCAAGUAGCAGUCCUUUUGAAAAUGGCCAGGGAGCUAAUAGGUAACCAUAAAAAAGGGGAUGGAUAUUCUCGUACAUGGGGACCAUCAGCCAAAAAAAUGCCAAAGGUGCUGGCAAUAUAAAUUUUCCCUUCCAGUGCUCAGGAAUUGAAAAGACAGGGUGGUCAUAGCUGGGUGAAAUGCCUGGGGUCUCCAAUUAGUGGCCCACUGAG